AUUUGCUAAGGCGAGAGAAGAAAGGAGUUAGUGCGUGUUGAGAGAGCGGGUACUGCGAACUGCCUUACUAUGCUGUAGCCCCAAUCCCCCCUGCACUAUACGGAAUCAGAACGUGCAACUUAGGUUUCAUCUUGUUUACAAACUGCUAAAAACACUGCUGAGCGGGGAAGGUGAGCCUCAUGAGUCGGCUUCGUGGAUUGCAUCGGCAUAAUGGAUUUAAAUAAAAUGGGUAUGAUCCAGCUCCAGAACCCCAACCACCCCACUGCUCUGCUUCAGAAGGCCAACCAGAUGCGUCUGGCUGGGACUCUGUGUGAUGUGGUCAUCAUGGUAGACAACCAGGAGUUCCAUGCUCACCGGACUGUGCUAGCCUGCACCAGCAAAAUGUUUGAGAUCCUCUUUCACCGCAGUAGCCAGCAUUACACCCUGGACUUUCUAUCACCAAAGACGUUUCAGCAGAUUUUAGAGUAUGCUUACACUGCCACUCUCCAGGCCAAGGUGGAGGACUUAGAUGACCUUCUGUAUGCAGCAGAGAUCCUGGAAAUUGAGUACUUGGAAGAGCAAUGCCUCAAGAUCCUGGAAACAAUCCAAUCCUCAGACGAAAAUGAUGUUGAUGUCAAUGCUAAUGAUGGGAGCACAGAGGAGGAUGAUGAGCGCAAAGGCCACAGUGGAGCAAAAAACUCCAUAAAACAUUCCAUGGAGAGUCCCUUUCUGUCGGGUACCCAGCAAGUCUCCACCAUUGCUGGCAUGGUGGACCAGAGUCCCUCGGUCUCCACCUCCUUUGGUGUCUCCACCCUGAGUCCUACCAAAGCUGCUGUGGACAGCCUGAUGAGCAUUGGCCAAUCUCUGCUCCAGCAGGGCUUUGGUGGUGAACAACAUAUCCAUGGCAACUCUCACCACCACCUAAUGACUGAGAUCAAGACUGAAAUGAUGCAAGUAGACAUGGGUGGCAAUGGUCAUGACAGCCCUCAGAACAUGGAGUCCAGCGCCUCUAGCAAUGGAGAACGAAGCGGAGAGGACAGGAACCGAGAUGGUCCUGGAACACCAACCAGGAGCAGUGUAAUCACCAGUGCCCGCGAGCUGCAUUACAUCCGUGAUGAAGGCAUGGGUGACCCUCAAGCAGAAGUUAGCCAGAUGGGGUUGGAGGCAAUGGCUGGAAUGACAGAGAAACAUCUGGCCUCACUGUACUCCUUACCUGUCAAUCAUAAGUCAGAUGCCCUCAUGUCCAUGCCGGCAUCCAUGGCCUCUACUCUUCCUAUGUCCCCAGCCCUGGCUAUGUCUAUGGACUUUAGUGCCUACGGGGGACUCUUGCCUCAGAGCUUCAUCCAGAGAGAAUUCUUCAGCAAGCUUGGGGAGCUGGCAGUGGGCAUGAAACCAGACGGCAGGAACCAGCAUGAACGAUGCAAUGUUUGUGGUGCAGAACUGCCAGAUAAUGACGCUGUGGAGCAGCACAGGAAGAUGCACAGUGGAAUGAAGACCUAUGGCUGUGAGCUGUGUGGGAAGAGCUUCCUGGACAGCCUCCGUUUACGGAUGCAUUUGCUGUCUCAUUCAGCUGGUGAGAAGGCCAUAGUAUGCGACCAGUGUGGCGCCCAGUUCCAGACAGAGGAAUCCCUGGAGGCUCACCGGCAGAUUCACACCGGGUCAGACAUGGCCAUCUUUUGCCUGCUUUGUGGGAAGCGUUUCCAGACCCAAACAGCACUGCAGCAGCACAUGGAAGUCCACGCCGGUGUUCGCAGCUACAUUUGCAGUGAAUGCAACCGGACAUUCCCCAGCCAUACUGCACUCAAACGUCACCUACGUUCACACACAGCAGGGGACCACCCAUUUGAGUGCGAGUUCUGCGGGAGCUGUUUUCGAGAUGAGAGCACGUUGAAGGGCCACAAACGCAUCCACACUGGGGAGAAGCCCUAUGAAUGUAACGGCUGUGGGAAGAAGUUCAGUCUCAAGCACCAGCUGGAAACCCACUACCGUGUGCACACAGGUGAGAAGCCAUUCGAGUGCAAGCUGUGCCACCAGCGAUCCAGGGACUACUCGGCCAUGAUCAAGCACCUGCGCACCCACAACGGCGCCUCACCCUACCAAUGCACCAUCUGCCUGGAGUACUGCCCCAGCCUGUCAGCCAUGCAGAAGCACAUGAAAGGCCACAAGCCCGAAGACAUCCCCCCAGACUGGCGCAUAGAGAAGACCUACCUGUACCUCUGCUAUGUCUGAGACCGGGAGAGUGAAGAGGGGGAGGGUACGUGUGAAAAUCGAGAGGGGGUUGAGAGGUAAGGGGAAUGUAAUUGAGUGGAUAGGUGGCACGAAGCUAUGGUGGAGUGUUGACAAUUGAGGAAUGUCAACGGCGCAAGACUCGAAAGCAAGAGGGUUUGUUUUCUCUUUUUCUUUUCAUGCAAAGGCGGCGAUGACCAACGGGGUAAAAGGGGUUGUGAUGGUGGGACCAAAGUGCUAAGAAGAGGAAGACUUGGACACGGAGAGAUGUUCUCUACCAUUGUUCGGAUUCACCGGGUCAUUCACUACGUCUGCAACUGUGUCAUUAUUUCAGGUCAUUUCAUGCAGCGCCAUAAAGCGAGUGAGCUGCAAGGAAGUGACUGUUUGGAUGCUGCUGCCACAGUGGUGAGAAAGCAGAUUCUCAAGGGCUAUCUGAACCUGCACAUCUGUGCCAUCUGGAGUCAUGUCUUUCACUCCAUUCUUUUUUUAGAGUUCCUUCUUUGGUGUUUUUACACUCACCCUGUGCAGUCAUAGUAGUUGUGAUACCAUGAAGGAUAUGGUCAUCAGUUUAGGCUUUUUAAGCCAUGAGGAGCUGCUGCCUUACAGAAGCCAAAAUUCCUCCCAUUAAGGCCCCAAAUGUUCAUGCUUCUGGUAGUAAUGAACCACAACAAAGUUAUCUUGGAGCAGGACUUGGACAUGCCAAAUGAACUGUCUUUAAAUUAAUUAAAGAAAUAAAUGCUCCAGAGUUGGAAUAACCUGCUUUAAAGAUGCCCCUAAUCUUUUCCAUCCUAAAUGGGAAAUGUAUCUGUUCAGUCACCUCCAGUCAUUUCUGCCUGAAUGGCAGGCACAGAUCUCUCCAGUGUUCACAGAUAUCUGCCAGUUAACCUGUCCGUACAUGAGUUCCUUCAGACCCCAGUGGCAAAAGUAAGAUAGCCCCUGAGAAUCAGCCGUGGUGCCAGUAGGCAUAUGCAGUAAACGAAACAGUUGAAUUGGAUGAAUGAGAGCACUAAAAUACUGCAAACCAACCACCCAUUUGGUUGUAAGGGGGGAGAUGCUAGUGCUGCUUUUACUUGGCUGUCUCCCUGAUUUUCUCAGUAUUUUUCUGGUUCUUCAUCUGUGUCAGAUGAGGGCUGGUGAAGGUCAAGCCACCACUGGCCCACAGCGGUUCUCCCCAGAGAGCCAAAGGCUAAUAUGUGUCACUUUUUCAUCUUAUAUUUUUUUAUCUCUGCAUCAUAGUUUAUCAUGGCUUGAUUGCACAGGCAAAAAAAAAA